GUGAGUUAUGCCCCGUUUAGCUAGCAAUGGAGUGUAAGCGAUGAAUAAUAGAAGCCAGGCUCGCCAACAGUGGUUGCUAUUUUGUUUUGCAUAUACAGAAACAAUUGAGUCAAGCUUACAGCUAAUGGCUGUCCCGCGUUAUGCGUGACAAGCAUGACCUCACUGUAAUCUGGGUCGCCCGAUCGACAAAAGCUGUACAACCGAGAUACUUCUUGUAUACCAGCCCAACACUUCGUAGCUUAUACUACAUAGCUUUUCGUCAUGCAUCUAGGUAGCGCGCACCCGUCGGCAGGCCUAACGGCUCCUGGUGGACGACGACGGGCGCUGCAAGUCCAAGCUGCUAAGAAGGAUUCCUCCCCGUGGUCUUCUGGCGGCCCUAAGCGUGGCAAGGGUGGAGACAACCGCAGCGGCAACAGCAGCAGCGCCAGCAGCAGCAGCAGCAACAACAACAACAACAACAACAACAAGAGCAGCAGCCCCGGCGGCAGCAGCAAGAAUCCAUGGAAGGACCCACCAACAUCGACCAAACCGUCCAAGCCAAGCAGUGCAGGCGGCUUCGGCACCAGCAGCAGCACCAGCCCUGGGACCUCCAGGGCGGCUCCUCCCAAGGAAACGACCAUCACGGAACCCAUCGGUGUAACACUCUUGGAUGAGCUAGGUCCCACGGAGAGCGCUGCACCACCCAAGUGGGGCACCUUCUGCAGCCACCUGAACGGCGAGUGGGUGGGUCAGUACGCAGCCUACACGCCCUGGGAAGGCAAGCCGGAGCCCGCCUGGCUGGACGAGCGCGGCAAGUACAUCAAUGUGGUGUACACGCGAGCGCUGGAGCACCGGCAGCUCUACCCGGCGGCCUCCGCACCGCCCUCCCCCACUGCACCGUCACCCGCAUCGCAGCAGCAGCAGCAGCAGCAGGAAGAAGCGGAGCAGAGCCCGGGAGGAGGUGCCGAACACGGGGGAGACGGGCACGGCGGCAGCGGAGGCGAGGAAGCGGCGGCGACGGACGUGUUGCUGCGCAAGAUGGGCAGGUGCACCAAGCUAUCCGCACUAGCCGACCUAAGGCUGCCGCCCGAGCGACCCAUGGGUCAUACCGACCUGCCUUCCAACUCCUCAGCCCCCAAGGACACCAGCAGCACCGGCGGCGGCAGCAGCAGCAGCAGCUGUACUGGGCACCAAGGGGCGCAGCAGCAGCAGCAACAGGACGGCAGCGGAGGAGGAAAGGGCGAGGAGGGGGAGCAAGAAGGGGAGGUGGACGAGGGGGAGGAUCUGGGAGGCAGUGGGGAUGUGGAUGUGGAGGCGCUCAGCUACAACAGCGAAGGCGUGGUGGUGUUUGACGGCGGCAGCUACUCGGCGGGACCCGAGUACAUUGGUCAGCAGCCGGUGAAGCUGAUCAACGACGAGGCCCUCCAAGGCACCUCCGGGGAAGCGGGAACCUCCACCUCCUCGCGCUCCACCUCCGCCUUCCCAUCCGCUGCCGCCCUCGAGGGCGGCCUUGAUGAUGAGGACGAGGAGGACAGUGAAGGCUAUGAGGACGGCGAAGGCUAUGAGGACGAGGACGAGGGCGAGGACGAGGAGGGCUAUGAGGAGGAGGAUGGCUCCCUGGUUCUCCCCACCAGCACCACCAGCGUCUUCGAGAGCUGCCUGGUGGACUGGGGCAGUCGCACCCGCAUGCGCGCCAAGCUCACGUUGCGGAUAGGGCAGCUGCCCGCUGCUGACGUCAACAACAGCAGCAACAACAACAACAGUGGCGGCGGAGGAGGGGGCGGAGGCGGAGGCGGGGAGGUGGAUGUGGAGGUGCUGCGUGUGCUGUUGUUCCGGGAGCAGUGGCUGGGGCCGCCCAGCUGCGAGCGGAUGAGCUGCGCGCCGGGGGAGGUGCGGGUGCUGGAGCGGCCGUGCACGGAGCUGCUGCGACCCACGCCGGAGCAGUUGCAGGGCUCCUGGAACGUCUUCACCAUGUCCGCAACCGGUUUUGAUGAGGUGGACCCGCUCACAGGCGAGGAGGGCCUGUCAUGGGCCUACACCGCCUCCGAGGAGCAACAGCUGUGGGACGCCACCCGCCGGGCCCCCGCCGGGGACGACGGCGCUACCUUUUGGUUGCCAGGAGGGGUGGUGCUGUCGCUGCGCAUGACGGACAACUACGUGCCUGCUGGCAUGGAUCUGGAUUCGGAAUCUGGAUCCGAAACCGAGGGAGGAGGUCCAGGUCCUAGCAGCGCCGGCAGCAACAGUAGGGCAUUGAAGAAGGGGCAGCAGCAGCAGGAGCAGCAGCGGGCGUUUCCUCGUGGGCUGUGUAUCGGCAUGGCAUGGCUGUUGAAGGAGGGUAAUGUGGCGCAGUUGGAGCGGGAGUACGACGGGUAUGGGUAUGUACGGGAGGUGCGGUUUUCACAGGCGGUCAAGGGAGGCUGGAGCGGGGGCAGGAUGUAGAGCUGGUGUGAGAUGCGUUUGGUGUUGCUCGGAGUGCCCAUUGAGAGCGUGAAAAGCGUUGCGAGCGUUGUUGUUGACGUUUUACAGCACACCAGCUGUGCCAGCCGUUUGCGGAGCACCAUGGAUAGAUGGAUGGCCUUGUGCAGUGCAGUGCGGGUUUACGGGCCGAACGAGCGUGGGAACUUAGGCGAGAAUGGGGGCGCGACGAGUUACAACAGAGGCAGAGCAAUGACGUGCCGGUAACGGUAGACGCAGGAAGCAGACGCAGGGUGCUGUUGGCGCAGCUGCUAUCCAACUUUUGCUGCAAUGUCGGUUGGUGACUUGCUCUAUGAUGGGGCCGACAGGGGUGCAUAUGCAUGUCGGCAGGAUUGCAUGCUGGCUCUUAGGCACAGCGCCUUUUUCAACGAGCCCCAGUUCGCAGGACACAUGCAUUCGAUUUCUUGAACUAUCGGCGUCAGAAC